UGACAAACGCAUGCGACUGCUUCUUAGACGCUUUGGUACGAUUGGCCUUCCACACAUCUGAUCUUUUGCAGAUACCUCCCUCGUGUAAAGAUAACUGAACACUGGACAAGCAGAAUUACUGCUCCAGCGCACGCCGAGCAUCUACUGGACCUUUAUUAGGAAUUGGACACCAUGACGGCAGAGGAGACCAUUAACAUCAAGGAGGCAGAGAUCAUCAAACUGAUCCUGGAUUUCCUCAACUGUAGAAAACUACAUAUCAGCAUGCUAGCCCUGGAGAAGGAGAGUGGUGUUAUUAAUGGCCUCUACUCAGAUGAUAUGCUCUUCCUCAGGCAACUGAUCUUAGAUGGCCAGUGGGAGGAGGUUCUUCAGUUCAUUCAGCCACUGGAGAAUAUUAAAAAAUUUGACAGAAAGAGGUUUCGUUACAUCAUUCUGAAAGAAAAGUUCCUGGAAGCACUGUGUGUGAAUAAUGCCAUGUCUGCAUCAGAUAAGCCUCAGAAUAUUGAGCUAACCAUGCAAGAGGCAGUAAAGUGUCUGAAUGCCCUGGAGGAGUUAAGCCCCUCCAAAGAGGUCUAUAGAAAACUGUGCCUGCUCCUGACGCUUCCUCAGCUCACUCACCACACUGAGUUCAAGGACUGGAACCCGAGUACAGCACGUGUUCGCUGCUUUGAGGAGACGUGCUCUUUAGUGGCUGAGUUCAUUCCUGCUGACCGCAAACUCAGCGAAGCCGGCUUUCGGGCCGGCUCAGACCGCCUCUUCCAGUUGCUUGUCAAGGGUGUACUGUAUGAAUGUUGUGUGGAGUUUUGCCAGAGCAAGGCGACAGGCGAAGAGAUCGGCGAGGCAGAGGUUCUGCUGGGCGUUGAUGUGUUAUGUGGCAAUGGCUGUGAUGAACCUGACCUGAGCCUGAUCUCUUGGCUGCGCAACCUUGCACCUGCUACCUUUACAUGCCCCUUUGAGCAGAAGAUGCUCAAUGUCCAGGUGGACUGUCUGGUAAAGCCAACAUGUACAGCCCAGACUGAUCUGCUUGUGCCGCUUUUUGCUAAGUUAUCACAUUCCCCAGCUUCACCACUGAGGCACCCUCAGUCAGCUGAAGCAUAUGUAUCACGUUCACUCAACCCGGCACUAGAUGGUCUGUCCUGUGGCCUGGCCGGGAGGGAGAGGGAAAUCACAGAGGGCGAUGGAAAACAUGCCGCUCCAUUGUCACACUCUUUUGCUAACUUUGGUUUAAACAGCAGCCACAACGUUGCGGACAAUAACAGCAUCAUGCAGACACCAGACAGCAGUGUGAAGCCACACACACGAGAUGAAAUACUGAACCCUUCAGUAGAGCCUAACAUACUUAGUGCCACUCAACCCUCCCAAAAAGAUGGAGAACUUUCUGCUUCAGUUAAGCUGACGGAGGAACAGCUGCAGGAAUUCCAGCAUCAGCGACUGCGUGUGCAGCAUCACAUGGAGCAGAAGCAGCAGCAUAUGCAGCUCUACCAGCAGAUGUUGCUAGAGGGAGGAGUGCAGCAAUCCAGUCAAGCCUCAGGUGCCGGCCAGCAGAACCUCACACAGACCUUCCUCAGCAGAUCCAUCCAAAGGCUAGAGGAGCUGAAUGUAGGGAUGGAAGACCUUGGGGAGAACAUGCAAGCCUUGGCCCAACAGUGUAAUAGCUCACAGUCUGAAGCACAACACACACAUACACCCGAGUCUGAUGGAACAGGCAAAAAUAAAGCUGGUAUAACGAGCAGCACUCCUCAAAGAGGAGGCAAUCGGGGCAUGCCUUCACUUGACGAGUCCCCAGUUCUGGUCAGCCGGAGUGUGUUUCAGGAUGACCAGCCUAAGUCUCCAUUCAUAGCCGUGCAUAAACUGGAAGACACCCAAGCUGUGCGAGCCGUCGCAUUUCAUCCUUCUGGAAUGCUCUAUGCUAUUGGCUCAAAUUCCAAAACCUUGCGCGUAUGCUUGUACCCACGGGAUCUUAGUGGGAGUGCAGAAAGUCCAGUGAAGCAGCCUGAAGUCUGCUUCAAACGCAACAAGCACCACAAGGGCUCCAUCUACUGCGUGACCUGGAGUCCAUGUGGCCAGCUUCUUGCUACAGGCUCCAAUGACAAAUAUGUGAAAGUCCUGCCUUUCAAUGCUGAGACCUGCAAUGCUACAGGUCCAGAUCUGGAGUUCAGUAUGCAUGAUGGGACCAUUCGAGACCUGGCAUUCAUGGAGGGUCCAGAGAGUGGUGGAGCUAUCCUUAUUAGUGCGGGAGCAGGGGACUGCAACAUCUACACCACUGACUGUCAAAGAGGACUAGGCCUACAUGCACUCAGUGGACAUACAGGGCACAUCCUGUCCCUCUUUACAUGGUGCAGUUGGAUGGUGGCAUCUGGCUCUCAGGAUGAGACUGUGCGUUUCUGGGACCUGCGCAUGCCCAGUUGUGUGAAAGUAGUCAGGAGUGCCCUUCAUGGACCUGCAGGAAGUGCAGUGGCCUCAGUGGCAGUGGACCCGACCGGACGUCUCCUGGCUGCAGGGUUGGAGGACAGCCGCUGUAUGCUGUACGACAUCAGAGGGGGUCGAACAGUUCAGGUUUACAGCCCCCACACCAGUGACGUUCGCUCUGUCCGUUUCUCUCCUGGAGCUCACUACCUGCUUACCGGCUCCUACGACAGCAAAGUUAUGAUUACUGAUCUACAAGGAGAUCUAACAAAGCCACUACCUGUAAUGGUGGCUGGUGAACACAAGGAUAAAGUGAUUCAAUGUCGGUGGCACACAAGAGACAGUUCCUUCCUAUCUUCAUCUGCAGACAAGACUGUCACACUGUGGGCACAUCGCCCAUAACAUUCUAUCAGAACUCACAGAAAAAGCACAAAGGAAUUAGUUCCCUGUAACACUUUAUAAACUGAACUCAUUCAUGCAAAAGAACUUUGUAUUAUUUUUAAUUUAUAAUUUAAACUUUUCAUAUAAUAGGAGUAAGUCCUGCAUGUUAGCUGCUAAGUAAAAUAAAUCAAUGGAGCCAACUAAUAAAAAAAUGCUGAAUGUUUAUUGAAUAAAAUACAGAGCUCUCA